AAGAAGGAGCCCCCCCUCUCCGUCCCCCUCCAGAGCUGCCGCCGCCAUUGAAACAUACAAUACAAGAGAAAGCUAGCGGCAGGCGAGAGCAGCCCAGGGGAGUCAGCGGCAGCAGGAGCCUCCCGAGGCGGGGAAGGCGGCGGCGACCUCCGGGCAGCUUUGUGUAGGUGCAAGUAAAUAAAAACUUUCUGUCAGCAAAUUGAAAGGAAUAUAGCAGCAAGAUGUCUGCCCGAAGUGGGAAAAAGAAAAUGUCCAAAAUGUCACGCUCAAGCAGGGCAGGUGUUAUUUUCCCUGUGGGGAGGAUGAUGCGCUACUUGAGGAAAGGAACAUACAAGUACCGGAUAGGUGUUGGAGCGCCAGUCUACAUGGCAGCUGUCAUAGAAUACCUAGCAGCUGAAAUACUAGAGCUAGCAGGGAAUGCAGCAAGAGACAACAAAAAGGGAAGAAUUGCCCCCAGACACAUCCUCCUGGCAGUUGCCAAUGAUGAGGAACUGAACCAGUUGCUAAAAGGAGUGACCAUUGCAAGUGGAGGGGUCCUGCCCAGAAUUCAACCAGAGCUUCUUGCCAAAAAACGAGGUGCCAAAGGCAAAUCUGAAACUAUCCUUUCCCCAUCUCCUGAAAAGAGAGGGAGGAAAUCCUUGGUGAGCAAGAAGAGUGGAAAGAAAGCAAAGGCUACCAAAGCCCGGGCACCCAAAAAGAGCAAGCAGAAGGAGAAUGAAAAAGAGGGGGCCUCAAAUUCAACAUCUGAGGAUGGACCUGGGGAUGGAUUCACCAUCCUGUCUUCUAAAAGCCUCGUUCCAGGACAGAAGCUUUCUCUGACACAAAGUGACGUCAGCCAUAUUGGCUCCAUGAAAGUAGAAGGCAUUGUUCACCCAACAACUGCUGAAAUAGACCUCAAGGAGGAAAUAGGCAAGGCCUUGGAAAAGGCUGGAGGGAAAGAAUUUUUAGAAACAGUAAAGGAGCUCCGCAAAUCACAAGGACCUUUGGAAGUUGCUGAAGCUGCCCUCAGCCAGUCCAGUGGACUAGCAGCAAAGUUUGUGAUCCAUUGUCACAUCCCACAGUGGGGUUCAGACAAAUGUGAAGAGCAACUUGAGGAAACUAUUAAGAAUUGCUUAACAGCUGCAGAAGACAAAAAGUUGAAGUCCGUGGCUUUUCCACCUCUCCCCAGUGGCAGAGCUGUGCUGCAAUCUUUAUUUAAAUGGACUCUGAGCACCCACCUCCACGCAUCAGAUCACUACUUGGAAGUCAACAAGAAUGGAAUAUACAUGGACAAGCAUUCGAAGAAGAAAAGUUACUUACCUUUACAGAAACUGCUUCCCAAAACAGACCGCAGCCCAGGUGACUCUCAAAGCCAUUUCCACCCAUUUUGAUGACACUAGUUCUUCCUCCUUGAAGAACAUUUACUUUCUGCUCUUUGACAGUGAGAGCAUCGGAAUCUACGUGCAAGAAAUGGCCAAGCUAGACACCAAGUAGCUAUGGCAGCCAAAUGAAGCUUUAUUUUUCAACAUAAAUUUGAGUAGCAUUAAAGAAUUAGAGGUGGGUUUUAUUUUUAAAAUGUGGUGAAGAGGGGGAAUGUUAGUAGUUUGAUGUUUUGUGACUUAAUGGAGAGCUUUGCUAUGGAGGAGAGGGUUUAGUCUGUGAUUAAUUCUUGCUAUAGAUACCCCCUACCAUUUUAUAUCACCUUAAAGAAAUCUUGAGUAGUUAAUUUGCCAGCUCUCUUCAAAAGUUUGUUUAAAUGUGUCUUGCUUUUUUAGUUUAGGACUCAUUUUAGAUUUGUAGCUUUGAAUUUUACACACACAAUUCUUUGCUCCCCUUUCUUUUUUUGAGGGUGGAUGGCAAAAUGUUAAUUUUUUUUGUCUACAUUCCAUGUUGGAGAGAGAAUUUUAAAGAUGUACUAGGACCUUCUAUUUUGUUUUGCCCCAUAAUAAUCUCUGUAAUUACUGAGAAUAUUUCAUCUUGUUUUUUGUUUUAUAAGAAAAAAGAAAAGAAAA